GCCAGGUUGCUGCGGCUAGCCUCGGCUGCUAGCUGGUUACCAAGUGCUUGGUUGCUAAUCAUGCUACUUCUCAGUGCUGGACAUAUAAACCUCGGCGAAAACGUGUUAGCGGCGAUUUCUUCCAUCUACGUGCUGUCUUAUUUGUGGCUUUAACGCCCCUGACUGAUGUCGCGCUAGCUAGCAUGUGCUAGGUGUCAGUAAUAGAGGGGCUUCAUCAGGAAUCGCCACGAUUCUUCUCUUAACGGGAAAACUAGCCGAGGAGAACUAGCACAGUGUUCAACUCAGCCGGCUGGCACGUGCUGCUGCUGUUGCUGCGCCGCCGUCCAGUCUCGUCAGUUUAAACAGCAUCCUCGUGCCUCCCAACUUCGUGGGCUUGGAGCUCGCGGCAGUUGAUUUAGCUGGGAUGUAGGGAUUUGAGCGAUUCUCAUCGGAAUGUGCACCAGCACCACUUCGCGGAUGUUUGGUUGCCAGUAGGCCCAGUGGAAGUGCUGAACUUCAGGUCGGCAGCGGAGAUGAUGAGCCCAGCAGGACGGUGCCCGCAUUUGGCUGCAGAGGAGAGAGCACCAGGAUGAGGAGACUGUAGGCACUUGCCAUAGUAUGGCCGCAUCCCGUUCCUCGCGUGUCACAAGGUCAUCAGUGGGGCUCAAUGGAUUGGAUGAGAACUUUUGUGGUCGAACCCUCAGGAACCGCAGCAUUGCCCAGCCAGAGGAGACCUCAGUGUCUCCACUGCCAAGGGCCCGUUCGCCCAAGAAGAAGCAGGACAACAAACAGGACACCAAGCAGGAGUCGAAGCAUGAUGCCAAGCAGGAGUCGAAGCAGGACACCAAGCAGGAGUCGAAGCAUGACGCCAAGCAGGAGUCGAAGCAGGACAACAAACAGGACACCAAGCUGGAGUCGAAGCAGGACAACAAACAGGACACCAAGCCGGAGUCGAAGCAGGACGUCAAGCCGGAGUCGAAGCAGGAAGUCACACAGGACGUCAAGCCGGAGUCGAAGCAGGACGUCACACAGGACGUCAAGCCGGAGUCGAAGCAGGUCGCCAAACAGGACGUCAAGCCGGAGUCGAAGCAGGUCGCCAAACAGGACGUCAAGCCGGAAUCAAAAAAUGAGACAAAGCAGGACACAAAACAGGAGUCAAACCAAGAUGUUAAGCAGGAGUCAAAGCAGGAUGCUAAACAGGAGACAAAGCAUGAUGAGACACCGGACACUUAUUCGCAGGAUGGCCAACAACAGGCCUUGUUGCAGGGAAAUGUAACUCACUCUGAUGCUUCUCUGGUAGAGGCCGAUCAAUGGACCAGUUCCAGGAAGCGAGGCCAGUCAUGUUUAGAAAAAGACAUUAGCCCUGAAAAGUCAGAGAACUGUGAUGGAGGGAAUGGGGCGCGGGAUGCCUCUCCUCAAAUUAAAAGGGCCAAGCGAUGCUCUCGCUCUGGAGAGUCUCAGGGACAGGAGAAGGACCCUGAGCUUGUGAAACCCGAAAGUCCUGUCUCAGUCCCAGAGCUUAGCAAGGACAACAGUUGUGAGGAAUUACCCAACCAGAACUUUGCUAACACAGUUCCUGCGUCACCUAUCCUUAGUAAACAGGAAGGUGAGCUCAUAGGGGACGAUGCAGAGGAUGGUCAUGUGGAGUGUGAUGGGGCCUCUCAGUUUCCAAAUGCCCACAAAGCUUCUAAUGGACUCAGAGAAAAUAACACAGAGGAAUCAAACACGCUUGGUGAAAAGUCUAGUUCAAAUCCCACCUCUGAUACUAAUUUCCUGUUACUGCUCAACGGCAGUCAGACGGGGACUCCCUCAUCCCCUGAUCCCGCUGUGCCUUGUAGAAACUCUGUCCCUGGGCAUAUGGAGGUUUCUGGCUCAGGAGAAUUGCCAUCCUCAUCUGCACCAACAUCUGAGGUUGUGCUGGAUGAUUCUGUCCCUGAGUUGAUAGUGGCCAAGGAGCAGGAAGUGGAGGAGAUGGAGGUUGACGUAGUAGGCGACUCGUUUUGUCUGGCUCAUGAGGAGCAGGUGACGGAGAGCGAGAGCGAUACGAAUGGACGGCUGCUGACACCAGUGCAGGAAUCUGUUGCCUCAACCUCCUUCUCCACCACUAAUAUGAACAGUAGUCCAAUCCACAACAACAACAGCAACUCAGGAGAAACCACAUCCCCAAUAACAACACCCCCUUCCCCCACAGAGCCAGAGUGCAACCCUUCUAUUUCCAGCACAUCCACCUCUUUCACAGAGCUCUACGAACACAGAUACACUCGGCGGACUUCACCCAGAAGGGCUGUGUCCAGUGGCAAAGCUUGCUCCUCCAAGCCCAGCUCUCCUCCCAGAGACAAUGGUCCCUUGAGGGAAGAGGGGGAGGUGAUGGUUGGGCUGGAGGAGGAGGACUGCUCUAUGGUGGAGGAGCCAGCUCCCUCAGACUCUAUUGGCCACUCCAAUGAGGAGCCAGUGUCUGGGGAUCCUGGGGACAGGGCAGGUGGUGAGGAUGGUGGAUCUAUAGAGGGGAAAGAGGCCGAACACAGCAAGGAGUUGACACAAAGCCAGGCUGCGGAGGAGGAGGAGGAGGAGGAGGAGGAAGAGGAGCCAGACGUGUAUUACUUCGAGUCGGACCACCUGGCUCUUAAACACAACAAAGAUUAUCAGAGACUGCUGCAGACUAUUGGAGUUCUCGAGGCUCAGCGCACGCAGGCCAUCCUGGACCUUGAAACAUUGGCGCGCCAUCAGAGAGAGGCGCUUGCCGAUCCCAUCAGCUUUGUGGAACAGCUGCAAAAACGGGUGAAUCUAGGCUUGCCGUGUCCUCAGCAUGUUGUUCAGCUCCCUGACAUUGCCUGGGAGCAGUACACCUCAGGCCUUGGGGAUUUUGAAAGAGAGUUCUGCGACAAGAAACGGAAAACCAGGCGGCUAAAGUUGAUCUUUGACAAAGGUUUGCCUCUUCGACCAAAAAGUCCCGUUGAACCCAAGAAGGAAGGUGAAUCAUCCACAAUGUACUCCCCUCUACCCACAAGUGACGCGCCCGAGAACGGCAGGCAAACGCAGAUGAUCAGGGGGAGGAUUUGUCAUCCAAACAAACCCGACACAUUUAACCAGCUGUGGACUGUGGAAGAACAGAAAAAACUGGAGCAGCUUCUUGUUAAAUUCCCACCUGAGGAAGUCGAAUCCAGAAGAUGGCAGAAGAUUGCUGAUGAGUUGGGCAAUCGAACAGCAAAACAGGUUGCCAGUAGGGUUCAAAAGUACUUCAUCAAACUGACAAAAGCUGGUAUCCCUGUGCCUGGAAGAACACCCAACCUGUGCAUGUACACUAAAAAGGCAUCCAGCAAGCGGCAGCAUCACCUUAACAAACACCUGUACCGGCCGUCCACCUUCCUGACCUCCUACGAGCCUCCAGUCUACAUGGAUGAAGAUGAUGAACGCUCAGCAUAUUACAACAGUGUGCAGGACCCUUCGGCUGAUGAUUCGGAUGAAGAGAGUGUACCUGUGGAGCUGAGAAGUUUGCCAGAAUACAAAGAACUUUUACAGCUGAAACGUCUGAAAAAACAGAAGCUCCAGGAGAUCCAGGAGGAUAAGACUGAGAUCCGGCACAUAGGCUAUAAGUGUGACGUCUGUGGUAUGGAGCCCAUCCUGGGUGUGCGGUGGCACUGUCAGGACUGUCCGCCUGACAACUCAGUUGACUUCUGCUCCAACUGCUCCGACUGCUUGUUCAAGACUGAGACCCACAAGCCUAACCACCACCUGGAGCCAGUGUACCAGGCAGAAACCUUCCUGGACCGGGACUACUGCCUGCCGCAGAGCACAGGUUACAACUACCUGGACCCCAACUACUUCCCAGCCAACAGAUGACAGGGUCCCAGGCACCCCUAGCUCCAGGCUCUCUCCACAUAUCCCACAGGCCACUCUGUGCAUGGCUCCAUCCUCCAAGUCCAAGAUAACCGCUUAACCCGCCGCCAGGCAGGAAGGCCAGCAGGCAGGCAGACAGCCGGGGUCCUCAGAGCAGACCAGUGCUGCUGGUGGGGGGGCUGUUGGUAACUGACCUCCCUGACUUGAGCAGAGGGCGGCCAUGACGGUUCCUCAAUAAAUAUUUCAAAAAGAAAAAAAAAAAAAGGAAAAAAAAAAGAAAAGGGGGGGCGGGGAGCCCUGCUACACCUCAGCCAGGUUAUUCAACGGAUCCGUGAUUUGAAAAUGAUACACUAUUUUUAAAAACAAACAAAAAAAGAAAAUAGAAGGCACACGACAUUCCCGAGCUCCGUGACUCCAGCAGGGCUGUCCCUGUAUUCCCGUUUCUCCCCCCAUCGCCCUCCAGUUACCUCCCUGUGCUGCUUCAAAACUGGAGAAUUGAUGAUUAGUCUGGUCAAGCGCCACCUAAUGGUGAUGGGUGGCCAACCAGCACGUCAUAGUGGACUGUGAAGUCAUCAACUGAGAUACACAUAGGUGGUUUUAUGCGUGUAUGUGGUCUCUGUGUUAUGCAAGAGUGAAAAUGUUCUAGCUAGGUAUCCGUAGAUUGAGUAUUUAUGAGCCGCGGUAUCCUCAGCAGACAUCUGGGGUGCUGCAGGUGAAGUUCAGCAGACACUGUGGUUGAAGCCAGUGUUUUUUUUUUUUUUGUUGGUUUUUUUUUUCAUUUUUCUUUUUUUUCCAGGCUGCAGAUCCACAUUUUGUUCUGCAGACAAAUCUGUAUGUGUUAAAACGGAUCGAGCUCCCAUGUUUCAGCAUGGAGCCAUCACGACCACUGUCACACAAACGCUGCUCUCUACACCCCUUCACCUCUCAAACACACACAGAUAACAAACUUUGAUCUGUUUCCCUUUCCUUUGCUCUCUCCACUAAAACAUGUCUAACAAGAAGCACUACAGCACGGAGAGCAAACAUUUCCGAAGGCAGGCGUAUGAACGGAAAAUACACAAGACUGUGUUUUUGUUUUCUUCUUUUUUCCGCCCCCAGUGUGUGCCGUUGUUGAUCAUGUUGAGUGUACAAGUGUAUGGUGAAAAGUAGCCAGCGCUAGAUGCUGUGUGCCAUUUUUAAGAGAAAAAAAGAAAAAAAAAAAAGAGGCUGUUGUUUUGGCGGGGGGGAGGGACCUUUAACCUGGCCACAACUUCUCCCUUCCUGCGUGGCUCCGUUGACCCACACUGCCCUACUUUAUUGAUCCAGUCAUCAUGGCUCUAGAUCUUUAAUUUUGCUGUCCACCUUAAAGGUCCAUUUAAAAGAUUGUAUUUUUAUUAAUCUAUUUAAAAAAAAAGAUAAAUAAUUGAGGUAGUGGUUGGUGCACCACAGUGGAACAACCCACACAAUUUUAUACACAUAGAUUUUGUUGUGCUUGAGUAGACACCAUUUUGUAUGGUUUUUGUCUCUUUCCCUCACCCCCUUUGCCCUGCUUCAAUAUCUGUGUAUAACAGUCUGUUCUUAUGUAAAAAAAAUAAAAUAAUAAUAAUGUUAAAAAAUGCUAGGAGAACUGUGGAAAUAAAAGUAUGUGAAAAUAA